AUGUCCAUCUCUCAUAUCUACAGGGAAGGGAAUCAAAGUGCAGACACUUUAGCUACCCAUGGCCACUUCCAUCAGGAACAUUUUGAAUUUCUUUCUUUUCUAAUGGCUCUCUUCCUACUGCCUCUCUUGCCUAAAGAGUUGGUUGAGCAGUCGUGGCGGACAAACACAAACAGCAAGCAAAGUCUUGGCUCGCUCUCAUUGGGAGGCUGUUCAACCAGACUGACGAAGUUGAGUAUUGACACAAACAAUAAGAGGACGAGCUUCCCUUCUACUACCGAAAAGAGGAGUUUACCACCGCCUACAUAUUCCACUCACUCUAUCCUCUUUGAUCCUAUUCCAAGGCGAUGGAUCCUAUUUCACUAUCCUUGUCUAGAAGGCGAUUCGGUAGCACUGAAUUACUAUAAUAAGCGAGAGGCUUUUCGCUCCUCUCCUGCUUGGAAGCUCUCUUUUAGUCGGAGAAGUGCUACCUGUCGACCGUUAGGGAGACUACCGUCGACCGACCUGAGGAGGGAGACUACCGCCCCUGAGGGGCUUGUUGCUAGAGGCAUCCCCUCAAAUGAGAUUUCUAAACUCUACAACCGCUCCGGUUUGAGCAAUAAGAGCCCGCCUUCCGGGUCCUAUAUUCUAGUUACUAGCUUCAAAGGAACUACUAAAAGAAGGAGUCAAAGCAUCGGAGAGUGCUACCUACGAGUGAGUCACCCGCCUGGUUACCUGUCCUUAUGA